AUGAAUACAUCGGCAUCAUACCUCCAAGUCCCGGCCCGCGGGCGUGGCCACGCUCUCGGUUUCCGCAUCGUUAUACUCGUCCUCGACAUCGUAACCAUAGUCGCCCUCUCUAUCUCCCUCGGUCUCUACCACAAAUGGAUCCCCAGCACCUCCUACCCCACAACGGCCCUCAAACCAAGCAAGCAUACGGACUGGACGGACCCAAUUGUCCUUGCUGCCGUCCUGGUCUCUUUCACGUGGACUAGCUUCAUCACUAUCCGCCCGGCCUGGACGAGCAAGGCGCUUCAUUUGGGGUACUAUGUCGCUUUCGAAGUCAUCUGUUUGGUGUGGCUGUUGGCAUGUACGAUUCCAGCAUUGACGUUGAGGGAGUCUGGUUUCAAGGAUCUGGUCGCGAUCAGCAACACUUGCGAUAUGGGCAGCGUGACGCUUAUGAAUGGGGAUAAGGUGCCGUGGGUGUGCAUGCCGCAUUUGAACACCCUGAAGAAAUUGCAGGUUGCUACUUACUCCGUUGCAUGUGCUGUCGCCGUCCUCCACUUCACCCUCUUCGCCCUCGCCUGCCACUCAACAACGCACCUCCCCCAAGCCUCCACACCCUCUCACUCCAUCGAGAACACUCCCAACCAGCAAACCAUCGCCCCCGAAACCCAAGACCCCACCACCAGAGGGAAGCUUUCCGCCGCCGACUCCGGGAUCGUCCGUUUCCUGCACUGCGGAGAAGUUGCCGUGCUGGAACGACGGCCGCUGCCUCGACCGCACUCGUCCGUGCCGUCACCGCUCGCCUGCAGGCCAGGCGCUUUUGUCACGACUUUGGCGGCGUUUCGGGAUUCGGCGUAUGAGGCUUCAUUGUCUUAA